AUGAAAACAAUCACACAUAAUUCAAAUAUUAAAGUGUAUGUUCGAUGCAGGUCUCGUAAUCAAAAAGAAAUUGAUGAAAAAAGUUCCGUGGUUGUGUCCACUUUAGGUCAAAAUGGUAAUCAAAUCAUCAUCUCAAAUUCCACAAAUAAAAAUAAAUACAUCUUCGAUAAUGUCUUUGGUGUAGAAUCAGAUCAAGAAUCGAUUUUUAAUUCAGUGGCGUAUAAUUAUAUUCAAGAGAUGAUUGACGGUUAUAAUUGUACGCUUUUCGCUUAUGGUCAAACAGGUACAGGUAAGACUUACACCAUGUCUGGAGAUUUAAAUAUAAUUGGUGAUUUGAAUUCAACUAAGAAUAUUCUUUUAGGUGAGCAUGCAGGUAUUAUUCCAAGAGUUCUCGUGCAGUUGUUUACCUCAUUGGAAGAUUCAAUUUCUAAUCAAAAAAACACUUCGGUGAAAGGUUACACUGUUAAGAUCUCCUUUUUGGAACUCUACAAUGAAAGACUCAAGGACUUAUUAUCCGCAGAUGCAGAUUUACCUCCAAAUUCUGGUUCGUCAUCAGCCAAUGAUCCUUCUGUGUCUUCUAACAUUAAGAUUUUUGAUAAUAAAGACUCCUCCGAUUCUUCUAUCAUAGUUAAAGGUAUGCAAGAAAUUUUCAUUAAAAAUGCUAUGGAAGGUUUAAAUUUAUUAAUGAAAGGUUCUUUACAGAGAAAAGUGAAAUCAACAAAAUUAAAUGAUCUUUCAUCAAGGUCACACACAAUCUUUACCAUAACAACAAAUAUCAUCAAAUUAGAUAAUCAAACAAAUAAAGAAUAUAUUAAAAUUGGGAAAUUGAACCUGGUAGAUCUUGCGGGCUCUGAAAAUAUUACCAAAUCGGGGCUUAAGAGAUCUCAAGAAACAGGUUUAAUUAAUAAAUCUCUAUUAACCUUGGGUCGUGUCAUUAAUGCAUUAUCAGAUAAAACUAAUAAUACUCAUGGUUCCAAUAAUGAUAAUAAUAAUAGUAGUAGUAGUAGUAGCAUUUCAAAUUCUCAUCAUAGUCAUAUACCUUAUAGAGAAUCAAAAUUGACUCGUCUUUUACAAGAUUCAUUGGGUGGGAUGACCAAGACUUGUAUUAUAGCCACAAUCUCUCCUGCAAAGACUUGUUUAGAUGAAACUAUAAGUACAUUGGAAUAUGCCACUAGAGCCAUGUCUAUUAAAAAUAAUCCUAAAAUUAAUAAAUCCCAAAAUCCUUCCAAUUUCAUAAAUGAUUAUAUCAAUCAAAUAGAUCGUUUGAAAUUAGAAUUACAAACUUCCACUGAUAAAAUUGGUGGGAUUUUUAUCCCAUUAGAAAAAUUAAACUAUUAUAAAAGUAAUGAAAUUUUAAUUGAAGAGCAAAAUGCAAAGAUUAAUAAUAUGACAAAUCAAAUUGCUAAAUUUAAAAAAAAAUUUGUGGAACAAAUUCAAAUUAAUAAACAAUUAAAUACUGAUAUGAAAAAAUCUCAAUGGGAAAAAAAUCAAUUAUUAACCAUUAAAUUAAAAUUAAUUAUUUUGAUUGUCAACUUUAAACAAAAUAUUUUCCAAUAUUUAAAUAAUAUUGAAAAUUUUGAUCAAAAUAAAAAUAAUAUAAUUAAAAAUUUAAAUGAUGAAAAAAAUUCUUUAUUUGAUAAUUCCAUUGAAAUUUUUAAUCAAUUUAUCUCAAUCCAUUCAAAUUUAAUUUCUAAUAAAGAAAAUUUAUUACAAAUAGACAAUUCUUUAAUUAAAUUUAAUAAUAAUUUCAAAUCAGUCUCGAAAUCUUUAUUUGAUGAAUUAAUAAAAAUGUUAAUCACAUUCUCUUCAACAACAAAGGAUUCGAUUUUAAAUAUUCAAAUUUCAAAUUUUAAUGAUAUUAUUGACAAUUUCCAAAAAAAUUAUUAUUCAAUUUCUCAUGAUCAUUUUGAUAACGUAAAAUCUAAUUUCCAAAUUAAUCUUUCUAAUCUUGAUCAAUCUUUAAAAAAAUAUUUAAUUGAUCAAUCUUCAAAAUUAAAUAAAAUAAUUUCCAUGAAUAUAACAAAUUUAAAAUCUUAUAACGAAAAAAUCUUUAAUAAAAUUGUCAUGGAUUCAAAUGAAAUAAUAAAUAAAUCUUUAAACAAUUUCAAUUCAGAAAAAAAUUCCAUUAUUGAAAAUCAAUUGAUAGAGAUUAAAAAUUUGAAAGAAAUUAUUUUAUCGAAAAAUGAUGAAUUAAUUAAUUCUAAAAUUAUUAUCAAUAAUUUAACUUCUUUUAUUAAAAAUGAAAUUUCAUCAAAACGUAAUCAAUUGAUUAAUCAUUUAAAGGAUUCAUUGGAUGAUUUUCAAAGACAAAAUGAAUUAUUAGAUGAUUCCAUAUUAGAAAAUUCUAUUCAAUCAAUAACAAAAUCACAAACAAUUUAUCAAGAUCACCUUAUGGAUUCCAUCGAUAACUUAUAUAAUUCAAAUAUUAAUUCAAUUGACAGAUUGGAUAAUCAUUUCGAUGAUCAAAAUAUUCAAUUACGGAAAAAAAUUUUAAAUCAUAUUGAUUCCAUGGAAAGCUUAGUAAUAAAAAAUUUUGAUUAUAAUGAAUUCAUAAAACCAACAAGGGAUUUAUAUGAAGAACUCGAUCAUUCAAAAUUUAAUAACAAUUUCAAUUCAAUAUCAACUAUGCUUUUGGAUAAUAUUAAUAAUACCAAAAAUUCCAUGGAUCAGAAUAUAGAUGACUUAAAAUUAAAGAUUAAUGAAAAAGUUAUACAAGAUUCAUCUUCCAUGGAUAUCUCAUUAAAUAACAUAGAAACUUUCAAAGAUUUUACUCUUAAUUAUUUUAAGACUCAAAACGAGCAAAUAUCAAAGACUCAAUCAGAAAUCAUUUUUGCAACAAGUAACAUGAUUAAUAGAGUAGUAUCAAGUUUAAAUGAAUCGAUAACCGAUUCAAAUACUUUGAAAAUAGAUUUGCCAAAUUUACAAAAAAAUUCUGAAGUUAAUAAAUUGCCCACUUUUGAGUAUCCAAAAGAUUUAAUUACAUUUGAUGACCAAAAACAUAACAUAUUAGAUGAUCAAAUUCCAAUAUUAGAUAAUCAAAAUAUAAAAAUGGAAAAUCAAGAUUCAAUGAUGGCUUCCAAGUUGUCUCCCUCUAGAGAAAAUUUACCACCAAAUAUAAAUCCAACUACUCCAGUACCAAUCCCUGACCAACCAUUGCCAAGAGUGUUAAUACCAAAAUCCUUAAAUUCAUCCUUUAAAGGUAAAUCUCCUAUUUAUACAAAUGAUAAAUCAUUAAUUGCUAAAUAUAAAAGCUCAAACACCACAGAACUAAAUAAUAGAGAAUCUUCUAGCAAUAAUUUGAAAAGAAGAUUUACUGCUGAUCCAGUUACUCUACUGAAUAAUCAAAUAAAAUCAAAAGAAUUUAAUAGACUGCACAAACCUUUAGAUCGAUCUUCAAAGAGAGCUCGCUCGUAUUCUCAUGAUAUAUGA